AUGGAGUUGGAGUUGCCUAAUCGUUUAUACGGUGAGGGAUUGGAACCUCAGGUUAAGAAGAUUAAUAACAGCUGCCGACUAAAACUUCUCGAGUUGCUAAAAGAAAAAAUGGAACCAGAAUUCGAUGAAGUUAUGAAAGAUCCCAUUUUUUCACAGAUUAUGGUUAUCCAGAAGAAUGAUCUGAAGUUUUCGGCGAGGUUGGUACACUCUUUCUUGUGUAAGGAGUUGAUGACAAGCAAGAGACAUGAGAAGUGGUUCACUUUCGCUAGGAGACCUAUGCGUUUUGGAUUGCAAGAGUAUCAUGCUGUCACUGGUCUGAAAGUGAAGCGAGAGAAUAACAGUGGGCUAGUGACAUGGAAAGACGAUAAUGGUUUUUGGAGCAAGCAGAUAAAGACAAAUGGAAAAAUAAAUUUGCAGAUCAUAAAAAAGAAGCAUUUGGAAGAGAGCAAUACCUGGACUUGGGUUGAUAGGGUGAGACUGAUAUAUCUUUGCGUUAUUAUGGGUGUGGUGAUGGGAAAGGAUGAGAAGGUGAAUAUCCCGCAUCUGUACAUGAAGUUGGCGAUGGAUUUGGAGAAGCUUCGGAAUUACCCAUGGGGUCUGUAUUCGUUUGAUUUCCUUCUGAAGCAAAUUGAUAAAACAAGGCAUAAAUUAGAGCAGAAAGAGGGGUAUCUGAUGGAAGGAUUCUUGUUUGGUUUCCAAAUUUGGAUAAUGGAAGCUGUUCCUGCUUUAGGAGAGAUUUGUGGCACAAAAGUCAGUAAAAAUUUUACAGGUCCACUGUGUGGUAAUUGGAGAGGAUGUGCAAAAUGUUCUUAUGAAGAUAUCAUUGGCGUUGAGAACUUAUUCCCAGAAAACGGGAUUUUGCAUUCAUUCAUGGAAUCCCACAUAGAUGGAGUGGUCCUUUUGGCAACUGAUUUUGUACAGAAGGAUGAGAAGAAAGAUGAAAGAGUAGAUCGUAUUUUAGAUAUGAUCAAUAGUAAACAUGAUUGGAACAAUCAUGUUUGGGGAGUAAAAGAAGCUACAAACUCUGAAUUUGAGGAAUCUGGCGAAGAGAAAGGAGAUGAUCAAAGAGCUGAUACUGAGAGAGGUGAAAAUAGUCAUGUUGCAGGGAAUGUUGAUGGCACAGCUGAUGUUUCGGGAAGAAACAAGAGAAAGCAUGCAGACCGAGGAGCAGAGUCAAGGAAGAAGAAUGUUUUGUGCCACCUAGCUGCUUCAUCAAAAGGAAAUAUUGACACAGAUAUGAAAAAUUUCUUGGAGGAUCUGGUACAAGCUUCUUUUACUACUUUUGGGGAGAAAUUCUGUCAGCAGUUCUCGGACAGGUUGGGUAAGAUUGAGACUGAGGUUACACAACUCAGGACAGCUUCAGAGAGAACUGAGCAAUUUGAGACCGUUGUAACCGACAGAUUGGGGAAAAUUGAGGCUGAGGUUACACAGCUCAGGACAAGUUUAGUGGUGACUGAAUUGGUGGGAAAGAGUGAUCAAGCAAGCGGUCCUAGCUUGACCAAAAUCAACAGUGGUCCUAGCACCAGCAAAAAAGGCACUGCUCCAUCAAAGAAAAAGGUAACUACUAAGAGAAAGAGUUAA